AUGUUGGCAAAACUCGUAUUGUUUUCGGCUAUUAGCUGGGUCUGUUCGUUCAGCAUCAACGAUCUGCACGAAUAUAUGACUGAUAGCGAACUGAACCAUUACUUCUCCGAAAGCAAAAAGAUCGGAAACUACGAAGUUGUUUAUCUUCCAACAGUUGUAUCAGUAAGGGAAGCAACAACAUUGGAUGGUGAAGAUGUGGAGUUUGGACAAUUCGAUUUCUCGGCUUUCGGAAAGCCUAUUAAUUUAAAGUUGACGAAAAAUACGAAUUUGAUUUCGCCUCACUUUAAAAGUUACAUUCACGAGGACGACUACAUCGAGGAAUUAAAGAAACCCGUAGAAAAUUGUAACUUUAUUCAUAAAGAUGAAAACGGCGUUGGAUCAAUUAACAUUUGCGUUCCAAAGCGCGUGCAAGGAUUGUUGUUUUUAAAUAAUAUAACAUUGGAAAUUUUACCUUUGACGAAAAGGUUGGAAGCUAUUUUGAAAAUAAGAGAACCCUUGAUCGAAGGCGAAGACUUUGAAGAUAAAAUCCCACAUUUGGUGAAAAGAGCAACGGAUAAAGUUUUUCAUUACGAUUCUUUUCCUGUAAAAUUUAUAAAUUCUAAGCAAAGAAUACAGAGAGCGAGCAAUCGACCUGUUGGAGGAUUGACGGUGGAAUUGGGUCUCUUCUUCGAUGAGGCGGCUUACAAGAUAUUUGCACCUUACAUGAAUUAUGAUGAUUCCAAACUUCAGGAUAUGAUCCUAGCAUAUGUUAAUGCUGUACAAGCUUUAUAUCAUCAUCCUAGUCUAGGAACUUCUAUAAAUUUGCUAUUGGUUCGACUUGAUAUAAUGAAAAAACAACCGUCGAAGAUGCCCCACUACGACGGCGAGAGAGGAAAACUUUUGGAUUCCUUCUGUGAUUACCAAAACAAAAUAAAUCCUCCUGAUGAUAACCAUCCAGAACAUUGGGAUAUGGGACUAUACGUUUCUGGUUUGGAUUUCUUCGCCUACGAGAAAGGACGCAAAAGUGGCGUUACUAUGGGUUUAGCAACUGUCGGUGGUGUUUGUCUUGGACAAUACGCCUGCGUUAUUGCAGAAAUGGGUACUACAAAUGUUUUCGGAAAACCUUACCCAAGUGCCGGAUUUACUAGCGUAUAUAUUUUGGCUCAUGAAAUUGGACAUAAUUUGGGAAUGCAUCAUGAUGGGACAGGCAAUAGUUGCCCAAAGGAAGGAUAUGUAAUGUCUCCUUCAAGAGGUACAAACGGAGAAACGCAGUGGUCGAGUUGUAGCGCUGAAAUUGUAUCAAAAUUAAGCUGGGCUACGUGUUUACAAGACAGCGGAAAACCUCCAAAUCCCGCAUUGGACCAUACGAAAUUUAUGGAUAUUCCAGGACAAAUUUACACGAUCAAAAAGCAAUGCGAAAUACUGUUAAGAGACAAAGACGCAUAUAUGUCUUCCAGUCAACAACUGUCGACGAUUUGCUACAAUUUACAAUGCAAAACCCCACACAGGAGUGGAUAUUACCACGCUGGUCCAGCUUUGGAAGGAACUCAAUGCGGGAAGGGCAAAUAUUGCUAUGGAGGAGAUUGUGUGGCGAAAACCCCACCAAAACCGGUGGACACCGUUCCAGGAGGUUGGGGCCCUUGGAAGACGGGCUCAUGUACGUCUGGUUGUAUACUCAAAUCCCAAGGUUAUCAGGAUAAGAGGCGAAUUUGCAAUAGUCCGUAUCCAUUGAAUACCGACAAAGGCUGCGAAGGAAGCAGCUAUGAAAUAGGAUUAUGCAAGGAUGAUAAAUUGUGUUCGAAGAAGAAGAGGCGAACCGCUUCAGAAUAUGCGUCGAAGAAAUGCGGAGAUUUCUCUAAACUUCUUCCACAGUUAGAUCCAAAAGGUUCGGGGUUGCAGGCGCCUCACGAAGAAGCAAGAUUAUGGAUGGGUUGUGCUAUUUUCUGCAGACGUGCUGAUUCUGGCAGUUAUUACACUCCGAGGAUAGAAUUGAACGAUUUGGGAGUGUCUCCAUAUUUCCCAGACGGAACUUGGUGUCACAGCGAUAACGGUGGAAACUACUAUUGCGUUCAGCAUCACUGUUUACCAGAAAACUUCCAAUUUACGAAGUCAUUCUUUAACGGUUUGGGCGAUGAUAUACCGAUACCACAGAAUGCGCAUCCCAGCGAUUUGAUAUCCGGAAGCUUAUUGAAAUAUCUUUCGUUGGGUCCGGAUGGGAAACCUCUGCAAACGACUUUACGACCGGGAGAUACAGACAUGCCCAAGGACGAGGAUUGGGAAACCAAUGAUUACUUGCUAUUGCCGCACAUCAACGAAAUACCCGAGAGCGUUGUUGAUAGCGGCGAAGUCGAUAAUUUUUUGGAUUUCAUGGAAUAAUUUUAUUUAAAUUGGUUUAGGGUAUUUAGCACUACAAAUUAAUUCAUUUAUAUAUACAUAUUCAGUUAAUAUGUAAUUCUAGUCACGAGAGUAAACAUCUAAUAAAUA